ACUUUAGAGUUAUUUGCCUGUUGUGAUGGAACAGUAUAAGGAUGAGAAGGAAGCAAUGAGAAAUCAUCAGGAUAACAUGGUGUGUCUGGGAGAAUGUCGAUGGCUUCACAUGUUUCCAUUCCUCAUGGUAUCACUUGUAUAUUCUGCUAAUGCUGAAUAUUCUAACUGUGGUGAAAAUGAGUACUACAACCAGACGACCGGGAUGUGCCAUGAGUGUCCACAAUGUGAGCCAGGAGAAGAACCAUACAUGACAUGUGGAUAUGGGACUAAAGAUGAAGACUACGGCUGUGUUCCUUGUCCAUCGGAAAAGUUUUCUAAAGGAGGUUAUCAGAUAUGCAGGAGGCACAAGGAUUGCGAGGGCUUCUUCCGGGCAACUGUUAUGACACCUGGAGAUCAAGAGAAUGAUGCAGAAUGUGGGCCUUGUCUCCCCGGUUACUACAUGUUAGAAAACCGGCCCCGGAAUAUCUAUGGGAUGGUUUGCUACUCAUGCUCGCUGGCACCUCCAAACACCAAAGAAUGUGCAGGUAUUACUUCUGGUGUAUCAGUCAGUUUCUCAAGUACUUCUGGAACAAGUACUCAAUCUCCUUUCCGGCAUAUACACAAAGAUCUGACUGGACAAGGCCAUCUUGCUACAGCUCUCAUAAUUGCUAUGUCAACUAUAUUCAUCAUGGCUAUUGCUAUCGUCCUGAUCAUCAUGUUCUACAUUGUCAAAACAAAAACAUCAGCACAAGCAUGCUGCACCAGCCAUCCUGUGAAGACUGUGGAAGCCCCAGCCAUUAUGCAGGAAGAAAAGAAAGAAGUACAAGAAAAUGUAGUUAUUUUCUCAGAGAAAGAUGAGUUUGGAAAAUUAACAGCAACUCCUGCAAAAGUGGUCAAGAGUGAAAAUGAUGCUUCCUCGGAGAAUGAGAGACUUUUAAGUCGGAGCAUGGACAGUGAUGAAGAAGCUGCAAUUGACAAACAAGGAACACCAGAUCUGUGCUUGUUAUCUCUAGUCCAUCUGGCUCGAGAUAAAUCUUCUACAAACAACAAAUCUACUGGUAUACAAAGCCGGAGGAAAAAGAUUCUUGAUCUGUAUGCUAAUGUAUGCAGUGUUGCAGAAGGUCUCAGUCCCACAGAGCUGCCUUUUGAUUGUCUGGAGAAGACCAGCAGGAUGCUCAGCUCUACAUACAACACUGAAAAAGCUAUUGUGAAGACUUGGCGUCACCUUGCUGAAAGCUUUGGACUGAAGCGUGAUGAAAUUGGGGGCAUGACAGAUGGCAUGCAGCUCUUUGAUCGCAUCAGCACAGCAGGCUACAGUAUCCCAGAACUCUUAACAAAACUAGUGCAAAUUGAGCGGUUGGAUGCUGUGGAGUCUCUCUGCGCAGAUAUUUUGGAGUGGGCACAAGUGAUGCCCAAACCUGAACCAGUGGUGGCUUCGUGACAUGCAUUGCUCUGAUGUACAUUUCCAAAGAAUUUGUAUGGCUUCCAAGAGCAAGGGGACCCAGAAUAGGGCAGGAUCUUGGAAGCAAAGAUGCCCUUCAGACAUCAAUAGCAUUUGAUGUACUUCCGAGAAUUAAGUGCUUGAAGGUUUGCCAUGGUUGUCAUUAGAGACAAAUGCAAGCGACUCAACCAGUAGACUUCUUGGAUGAGAACAACUAGGACAAGUGGAUUGAGAAAAGAUGUUAAGGAUCAUUUCCUAUUCAGUUUACAAGUAUACAGAUCAAUCUAUCCAUAUCAUGGCUUGUUUUGAAGAAAUGUGACUGUCUUGUUGUGGCUUGAUCUAUUCCAGUCUGCAACUGUUAGUCAAUGCUUUUAGAUAUAACAUGGAUACACAUAGGAAUGCAAUUUCUGUUUCUGUAUUUAACAGCAUAUCAAUUUCUUCUCGUCACUUUUUAAACAAAAACAACAAAUACUUGGAAACUAUAUUUACUUAUAUGGACUGGACUGUAAGCCUGUAUCUCCAGUUAUCAGGUCAUGAACAUUCAUGGCAUGUGUGGUCCACACAGACAUUUCAGAACUAUUUGUUAUACAUAUAUACUAAUGGAAAUAUGUGCUAAUUAUAAUGUUACCAGAAUAUAUCUAUGAAUAUGAGCAAUGCCUUAAGAAAAAAACUUUUAUGGUCAUCUUUUAUACAUCAAUAACCAUAAGAUAUCUGGGGAUAUUAUACUAUCCAAAAUAGGUCACUAGAGAUUAGUUGAUAAAGCAUCUAUAACUGAUAUUUACAGUUUUCAGGUUUGAAUGUAGUAAACUCAAUUAACAAUGGAAAAUAGUUAAAAAUAUUACUAUGCUGGACUGAACUAUUAUGAUGUCAACUUCAUUUGUGAUCUACUUUAACCAAAGUAAUAGUUUCCAUGGGCAACUCUAAGAAGAACUGUUAAUGAGGCGAUUAGUACCAAUGGAGUAGCCUAGUUCACUUGUAAUGACACACCAAAUAGCCAAUAGGCUUUAAACUCUCUUUUCUCUUUAAAGUCUUAGGCUUUAAACUCUCUUUUCUCCUCCUUCUGUCCCAUGCAUGAGGAGAGUGAAAUCUACCUUUGAAGAAAUCACAACUUAACUGUACUUUAAUUUUACUUUGAUCAAUUAACAAGCAAGGUGAGGACUUCUAUUAAUUGUAUGUGCCUUCAAUUAACUUCAAUUCACAAUUUAUGGCCACUCCAUGCAUCGUGUACCAUUUUCUUAGGCAAGUAAUACUGAGAGUUGGUUUUGACAGUUUCUUCCUCUGAAAUGAAGUCCACAUCACCUAGUAUUAUUUGUCAGCCUUGCAUCCAAGUAUUAACCAAGAUUAGACAGGACUAGGGUGUUCAGGCCCCAAUUACCCACUAUUAAAAUAAGGUAGUUUCCUGAGUUAAGACAUAACAGGAAGCUACACUUUGUUGAAAAGCAAAUGUAUUUUAUUCUUCCUUCAAUGAUAACUUUUUAGUGGAACAUAAUCCAUUCUACUGUUGUCACAGUACCCAUCAGUAUUGACCCUGAGAAAGAGGACAGGAGGUGCCAUGUCUGCUCUUCUCUGAGUUUGAAUACUUUGUAGUUUGACCAAUGGAACUAUGUGUCAUUACUCAUGCACUGAAGAGAAGAUCUAUUGGGCCUUAUGCAAAUACGUUCCCAUGUAAACCAUGUGCCUGUGAUAUGAUAAUUUAUGCUCUUGAUUUUUAAAUUACAAAAAGAAAAAGGAUAAGCACCCUAUAUUUUAAGCAGGAAGCUCUUGUGAAAUCAUAAUUACUAGUAUAUCGGCCAAUGAAUAGCUUAAUAACCAAGCUGCUUAAUUUAUUAUUCGGUUCGUCACAAAGUGCCAGGUUGACAGUUCUCAGAAGUUAUUAUUAUUAAAAGAAACUUCACAACUUAAAAAGCAAUAAUAUUUUAAUUACAUGUUGCAUGACUGAGCAAAUGAUAACUCAUAUUCUUGAAGAUAAUAAAAAGGCCUACCCCCUACUUGCUCAGCCCUGAAGAAAUGAGAAUUUAAAAAGUCACCACUUUAAUAGGGUCAAUGUCAUGAAUAUUUAAUAUUGUCUUUCAGUGCGUCUGUGUGGUACAGUUUGUUUGUGAGCUCUUGUAUUCUAAGCUUAAAGUAUAUAUAGCUGUGUUUGAAAUCUGAAAAAGGUACAUUUGAUUGCAGUUCAGUUUCUUUCCAGUGCCAUUUACAGUAUCCUAAAUAAAUGGAAGAACUAUAGGCUCACCCUUUGGAUUAACAGCUGAAACCAUGCCCUCUGAUCCUAUGUGCAGGUUUAGUAUUCAUUUGUAUGUGGAACACUGUGUUGAACGGAAACAGCUCCUCCUUGUGUGGAGAAAAAAAUAAUAUCUAGCAAUACUGAAGCUACCACACAGGUUUGGAUUAGAAAAGCCCCAAUUCAGAAAUGUCUGAUGCAGAGGUAGGUUAUGCCAUAGAUGCUCCACCUAGUGAUCUGAGGUCUUCCUUCUAAUUUUAUAAUUAUUCACAUGAAAAAUACAGUCAGUGAUGGAAAUAUAGCACAUUAAUGCUGUGCACAGUCUUGAACAUCAGGGUUGCUGACUUCUAUUGGUUGGGGAAAUCCACAAGCACAGAUUGCUUUCUGCUGGCAGAACAUAACUGUGGGAUUAUAAUGAAAUGUUCAGUAAUUUCAGUCUUUCCAUUUUGCACAGUUGCAUCAAUUGUAGACAGAAUUUUUCACCCCCAUGCUUGUAUCCUAUUUACACAUUAGUCUACCUUAAAUGUCUAUCAUUUAGUUCAGUGAUCCAUCCAAAGCUUGGAAUAUAAGUUUCUUAAAGAAACUAACUUUUAGUGAUUCAUUACUAUUUUAAAGGUAACUUGCUGGCAUUACUUCUGGUUUGCCUUUAUAAAAGAGUAGCUCGUUAAGUUGCUGAGUACUUACUUUUCAUUAUUAUUUUUAAAAUACACUCAAUUUUUUAAAAAAUCUUCAAAUUCAUUCUAAUAUAAUGGUUCAUGAAUAACGAGUAAACUUUACUCAUGUCAAAGAAGAAAAUUUGUUGUCUUCCUUUUAAAAAAAUAUAUUAUUUCCAAGUUUUGUUCUAUACAGUUUAAGGGGCAAAAUAUGCAGCAACUAUUUCUAUUCAACGGCAACGUCAGGACUUUGACGUGAAUAGUACCAAUGUGAAGACUGUACUAUUUAUAUGUUAUUUUGUUUAGCUUAUAGAUAUGCAUUUUAAAGGCAAAAAGCAAGACUAGGUCUUCAUUUCUUGCCAGCUGUACUUCUGUUGUUACAAUUCUGUGUAAUUCUGUAUAUAUAACUUAUUAUUAUUGUACAUUAUGAACAAAUAAAUAAGCUAAUAUGAUAAA